AUGACGCGGACGGAAUUUAAUUUCGAUAAGCGGAAACCUCAUUGCGUCCUUGUUUCCUCCAUCGAAACUACUGGGCUUUCCGUCAUCGAUGACGCUAUAAACCACGCUUUCUACACCCCGAAUGUGCUGAAAAAAAUGUCGCCGUUAAUAGAACACCCCUUUCCUUACAGCAGUAAUGUGAAUGGUCCCAAAAGGAAUCUCCAAGUUCAGGAAGAGUGCCUGCCCUUUACGGUUGUUUCUCCUCUCAGUCUCAGCCCCGACAGCGUCGGUUUCAUCCCUUUGGUCCUGCAUUUCAUGCCCUCUUUCAGCCUUGUGUCUCUCUCUUGA